AUGUCUGAUUUUAUUCACAGAGUGGAAUCUGAAGUAAAGUCGGUAGUAUCUGAUUCACAAAGAGGAGUAAAUUCUCCCCUCCCCAAUGAAUACCCGCAUAUAUAUGAAGACUCACAUGUGGUAAAUCAACCACAUGACUUUGAAGCUGAACAAGAAUAUAACCAACAUCACCCUCACUCAAACUAUUAUGUACCGGCUUACCAUGAAGAAGAAGUUGCUGUUAAAGAGUGGUUUCAAAAAGUUUUUGCUCAUCCAUUGACCCUUAUUAAGAAUUAUUUGUUUUCAUUAUUCCCCAUUUUACACUGGAUCUUGCAUUACAAUGGUAGAUGGUUAUAUGGAGAUUUGGUUGCUGGUAUCACUGUUGGUAUUGUUUUGGUUCCUCAAUCUAUGUCUUAUGCUCAAUUGGCUGGGUUAGAACCACAAUAUGGUUUAUAUUCUUCAUUUGUCGGUGUGUUUAUUUACUCGUUCUUUGCUACUUCCAAAGAUGUUUCCAUUGGUCCUGUUGCUGUUAUGUCGUUACAAGUUUCAAAAGUUAUUGCUCAUGUUCAGGACAAGUAUGGAGAUGAGUAUGCUGCACCUGAAAUUGCUACAUUUUUGGCUUUAAUUUGUGGUGGUAUUGCAACUGGUAUUGGUGUUUUGAGAUUGGGUUUCAUUUUAGAAUUUAUUUCUGUUCCAGCAGUCAUGGGAUUUAUGACUGGGUCUGCUUUCAACAUUAUCACUGGUCAAGUUCCAGCAUUGAUGGGUUACAACAAAUUGGUCAACACUAGAGACAGUACUUACUUGGUUGUUGUCAACACUUUGAAACACUUACCUGACACUAAAGUUGAUGCUGCUUUUGGUUUGGUUUGUUUAUUUAUUUUGUAUGUGUGGAAAUUUAGUACUGAUUAUGCUCAAAAGAGAUGGCCAAAGUACAAGAUUUACUUUUUCUAUGUUCAACAAUUGAGAAAUGCCAUUGUUAUUGUUGUUGCCACCGCCAUUUCAUGGGGAGUUGUCCAUCCCCAAAAAGUUGCUUUUGAUGGUCCUUCUUCCGAUUAUAAACCUCCGUUUAGUACUAUUGGUGAUGUUCCAAGGGGUCUUAGACAUGUUGGUGUUUUCCAUCCUCCUGAUGGUAUUAUUGAUGCCAUGGCUUCAGAAAUUCCUGUCUCAACUGUCAUUUUGUUGUUGGAACAUAUCGCUAUUUCGAAAUCUUUUGGUAGAAUUAACGACUACAAAGUUGUUCCAGACCAAGAAGUUAUUGCUAUCGGUGUUAAUAACUUGAUCGGUACGUUUUUUAGCGCUUAUCCCGCCACUGGUUCAUUCUCAAGAUCUGCUUUGAAAGCUAAAUGUGGUGUUAGAACUCCUUUGGCUGGUAUUUUCACUGGUGCUGUUGUUUUGUUGGCAUUGUAUGCUUUGACAUCUGCUUUCUACUACAUUCCAAAAGCAGUUUUGAGUGCAGUUAUCAUUCAUGCUGUGUCUGAUCUUAUUGCCAAUUAUAAAAUCACUUGGUCAUUUUGGAAAAUCAGUCCAAUCGAUUGUGGUAUCUUCUUAAUUGCUGUUAUCUUGACUGUUUUUGUCACCAUUGAAGCUGGUAUUUACUUUGCCAUUGCUGCAUCGGUAGUUGUUUUGUUGUUUAGAAUUGCUAUUCCAAAUGGUUUGUUCUUGGGUAGAGUACAAGUUGCUGAACUUGUGAAUCCAAUCAUCGAUGAACAAGAUUCAUAUGAUAAUGAGUCAAACUCGAGUACCAGUGGCUCUUCCGACGUCGAAAUCCACCAAGUAUUUUCGGGAGGUUCAAACUACAGAUCUACUGAUGACAAGGUAAAGGACAAGUCAGAAGUGGUUGAACGUAAAACAACCACACAAGAAUUGGCAAAGCAAAAUCCAAAGAUUAAAUUUCACACACGUUGGGUGCCAUUGAACCACAAAAACAUUAAUAGCGAUAUCCCAGUUACUCCACCACCACCAGGCGUCAUUGUUUUCAAACCAGUUGAGUCAUUCACUUAUCCUAAUGCAUCGCGUCAAAUUGACAGAGUAUCAGAUGAAGCCAAGAGAAUCACAAGAAGAGCCAAGCCUUAUAGUUAUACCGAUACUGGAUCCAGACCAUGGAAUGACCCAGGUCCAUUGAAGUGGAACUUGCCAUUCUUGAGGAAAUACAAUAAGGAAGAGAAGAUUGAAGAAGAUACGCGUCCAAUCUUGCGUAUAAUACAUUUCGAUUUCUCCACCGUAUCUCAAAUCGAUAUCACUUCAGUACAAGCUUUGGUUGACUUGAGGAAAGCUAUGAAUGCUUAUGCUGAUCGUGAAGUUGAAUUCCACUUUUCCGGUAUCUUGAGUCCUUGGAUUAGAAGAGCUUUGUUAAAUGCCGGAUUUGGUACUUAUGAGGAUGGAUUAACUUCAGCCAACAAUUAUGUCAAUAUUGCUACAGGAUAUACCGAUAUAGAAAGUGGCGUUAAUGAGCAGUAUGUUGCUGCUGUUGGUACAAACACGCCAUUUUUCCAUUUGGAUAUACCAAAUUAUGAAUAG